UUCUGCUUUCGAUUUGUUUUCUUUGAAAUCCAACAAAGGAGAAAUAGUGAUUUAGUUUAUACGUUUCAAGACCUCAAGAAAUAUAUUAAAAAUGACAGAGUACCUUACCUUCCGGACGUUGUCAUCUGAAAAAUUGUAUAAUGUACCUAAAUUUGGUACAGUGGAUGAGAUUAGACGGUGUGCUGCAUCGAUGCUUUAUACUGAGUAUUGGCUGAUAGAUGUCGUUAACAUUGAAAACUUCUUCAUCUAUGAUCCAGAAACAACAAGUGAUGUUUUACAUAAUCCUUUUCAUGUAAUGGUUUGGGCUGAAAGUCGACCACUAUCAGGAUGUAUAACAACAACAAAGCCUGACAUAAUCUGGGAAUAUGAAUCAGAUCCAAGACUGGAACUUCCUUGUGGGCAUGCAAUAACCCCAGAUAAUUUGUUUGGACUGCUGCGUGAAAAGAUUCGUCAAAAUGAGUACUGCAUAUGCUGCCCUGGAAAAACAGACUCUGGAACAUGCAAUGAAUUAUUUGAUAACCAACUCAUUUUAAAGAAGUGUAUGCUAAGUGCUGACGAAUACCUAUUUUAUAGUGGAAAACUUUCAUUCAACUACAUAAACGCAAGUAAAAGAAACGAAAUUAAGAAUUGUCCGAGAUGUGAUUCGUAUUGCAAGAAGAUGAACAUUUUCCAGAAUCACAUCAAGUGUUUCAAGUGCUCAAAUGAAAUGUUUUACUCAUUCAAGUUUUGUUGGUACUGUUCAGAGUCCUGGACACAAGAUCAUGAAUGUUCUUCAGCGAACGAGAAUGAACAAAAUAUCGAAAUUGUUCGUCAGCUGGAGAAUUGUUCAAAAAUAACCCUCGGCUAUUCUAACAUGGAGAAUGUUCCUUCAAUACGCCUCUGUCCAAAUUGCAAAACGUUGUUGCAGCAUGAUCAGGCAUGUAAAUCUAUGAUAUGUACUAUCUGUAAAACAGAGUUCUGCUUUGCAUGUUUAAAAAUUGCCUUUGAUGGAAAACUUCAAUGUGGUGAAUUCAAUGGACGGUGCAAUGUGGCACCGAUACAAUCUGUCGAGUGAAUUAAAAUUUGUUGACUUCAUUCAGAACUUAAUGUUGAAACUGGCCCCUUAAAGUGAUUUGUAUAUAAAGUUGAAAAUUUUAGUUUAAUUUGCUCUCUCUUAGUAAUUCCAAUUACCUGUUAAUUCCCUUUUCUCACAACACAAAAUGUUUAACUUUCUUGUUUUAUAUUUUAAUUUAACAAAAGUAAAUGUACAGAAAUAUGUAGUCAAGAAAUAAAUCUUCUUUUAAGAAUCUGGAAAAAUUUUAGAACAAUUAUUGCUUUACAAACCUCCUCCAUCCUAAUUAUGCAUCUUAACAGAUGUAAAUUGGUUUUUCUUUAUUCAAAUAACCGUAAUGAUUAUGAUAAUGCAAUAUUACACAAUGCAGUAAAUUUGUAUUUAACCGUUUGAAAAAUUUAAUUCUUUUUUACAAUGAUGAUUCUUAUCACUGAUCAGCUUACAAAAUUAGGAAAGUGAUGCACUGUCCCCUGAUCACUCAGGCUUUUAAAAUUUUCCUUAAUUUCAAAUUUAAAAGUUUGAUCAAAUUAAACAACGUGUU